AUGCAUGUUCUAAGCGGAAAGCGUGCUCACGAGAUUGACGCCAUGUUGAAAUUUUGCUGCCCAUGUCCCAAUGCCGUUACCCAGUGUCGUGGACAUCCCUGUGUGUCUCACGGCGUUCUGGACCAGGACUGGAGAAGCGUGAACAAUACAAAAGGCACGGAUAAAAAUGGGAAAAUACAUUGUGAUAAAGCAGGAUGGACUGACAUUAACUUCCCUGGGUGGUUCAGAUUCAAAGGCAAUGCUGGGAAUAGAAUGCUAGACAAGUGCCCAGAGCCCUUCACAUGCGGAACUAAUGCUCCCAUGUGGUUGAACGGUAAACACCCAGCAAUAGGAGAUGGCGUGGUCAGUAGAAAGACAUGCGUGAGCCACCAUAAUGGCUGUUGUAGUUUGUCAUUUCCAGUCCUAGUGAAGAUGUGCUCGGCGGGAUUCUAUGUGUACUUAUUACAAAAUGCACCAAGAUGCUUUAUGGCUUAUUGUGGUGAAUAUCACGACCUGUGUUUUGAUGAAAACGGUGGAUGUUCCCACUACUGCUACAUAGAUAAGACUACAUUAAAACCUGCAUGUUCGUGUCCAAGUGGUUUUCCUCUUGGAAAGGAUCGAAGGACGUGCGAGUAUCGCGACCUGUGUCUGGACAAUAACGGUAGAUGUUCCGACAACUGCUCCAUGGAUAACUCUACAUUCAAAGCUGUGUGUUCGUGUCCAAAGGGUUUCCGUCUGGGAAAGGACCAAAGGACGUGCGAGUUUCACAAUCUGUGUCUUGAAAACAAUGGUGGAUGUUCGGACAACUGCUCCAUGGAUAACUCUACAUUCACUGUCGUCUGCUCGUGUCCGAAGGGCUUUGUGGUGGGAAGUAACAAGCUCGCCUGUAAUAACUCUUGCUUUAAAAGUUUUCUCCGAUUUCACUUCAGUUAG